GUCAUCGUUUCCUCUUUAUCUAUCUCUCUCUCUCUCUCACUCUCACUCUCUCCCCCUCUCACUCUCACUCUCUCUCUCCUCCACUCUCACAGUGCUCUCUCGUCCACAGGGCUGAGCGACCCUCUUCUUUUCCCCGCGCCAACAGGCUUCCCAUCUUCCUCCUCUCCUUCCUCUCAGACGCUUCCAGCUCAAACAAAAGAGGAGAAAAACAACACACACACACACACACACACACACACUCACGCACACACACCCACACACUCUCGCGCACUGACUCUCGCGCAGGCAGCCUGACCUGAAGCACCUGGAGCAGCAUGGCCACCAUCACCUGCACCCGCUUCACUGAGGAGUAUCAGCUGUUCGAAGAACUGGGCAAGGGGGCGUUUUCGGUGGUGCGCCGCUGUGUGAAAAUCCUCUCAGGGCAGGAGUAUGCUGCCAAGAUCAUCAACACCAAGAAGCUCUCCGCCAGAGACCACCAGAAGCUGGACAGAGAAGCCAGGAUCUGUCGACUUCUCAAGCAUCCCAACAUAGUGCGCCUGCACGACAGCAUCUCGGAGGAGGGGCAUCAUUACCUCAUCUUUGAUUUAGUGACAGGGGGUGAGCUGUUUGAGGACAUCGUUGCCAGAGAAUAUUACAGUGAGGCAGAUGCUAGUCAUUGUAUUCAGCAGAUUCUGGAGGCGGUGCUGCACUGUCAUCAGAUGGGCGUGGUCCACCGGGACUUAAAGCCGGAGAACCUGCUCCUGGCCUCCAAGUCCAAAGGUGCCGCAGUGAAGUUAGCAGACUUCGGCCUGGCCAUUGAGGUGGAGGGGGAUCAGCAGGCUUGGUUUGGCUUCGCUGGCACUCCUGGGUACCUGUCCCCCGAGGUGUUACGGAAGGACCCAUACGGGAAGGCGGUGGACCUGUGGGCAUGUGGUGUGAUCCUGUACAUCCUGCUGGUUGGAUAUCCGCCUUUCUGGGAUGAGGACCAGCAUAGACUCUACCAGCAGAUCAAAGCUGGUGCAUAUGAUUUUCCAUCUCCUGAGUGGGACACGGUCACUCCUGAGGCCAAAGAUCUCAUUAAUAAAAUGCUGACCAUCAACCCUGCCAAACGCAUCACUGCAGCCGAGGCCCUAAAACACCCCUGGAUAUCACAUCGCUCCACCGUGGCGUCCUGCAUGCACAGGCAGGAGACCGUGGAGUGCCUGAAGAAGUUCAAUGCCCGGAGGAAGCUGAAGGGGGCUAUUCUCACCACCAUGCUCGCCACCAGAAAUUUCUCAGGAGGAAAGAGUGGAGCCAACAAGAAGGCAGAUGGUGUAAAGAAAAGGAAGUCCAGUUCCAGCGUCCAGCUGAUGGAGUCAUCCGAGAGUACAAACACAACUAUCGAGGAUGAAGACACCAGGGUGAGGAAGCAGGAGAUCAUUAAAGUGACGGAGCAGCUGAUUGAAGCCAUCAGCAAUGGAGACUUUGAGAGUUACACGAAGAUGUGCGACCCAAGUGUAACUGCCUUUGAGCCUGAAGCUCUGGGGAAUCUGGUGGAGGGUCUGGACUUCCAUCGCUUCUACUUUGAAAACUUGUGGUCUAAGAACAGUAAGCCAGUUCACACCACCAUCCUGAACCCGCACAUCCACCUGAUUGGAGAGGAGGCUGCCUGCAUCGCCUACAUCCGCAUCACGCAGUACAUUGACAAUAACGGCAUGCCCCGCACUGCACAGUCCGAGGAGUCCCGCAUCUGGCAUCGCCGCGACGGAAAGUGGCAGAUCGUCCAUUUCCAUCGCUCUGGAGCGCCAUCCACAAUUACCAAGUAAGCUAAUGAGUUGAGCUGCCCUGUUGGUGGAGUUUGCAGUGAGAAGUAUCCUGGUGGUCCAUGCUGCUCAGCGGUUCAACUGCCCACCUGCACACCUUCCUACAUGCCCGAGGACCCACGAGACCCUGCUUCAUAUUCUUACUUGAACUCCAUCCAGGCUUGUGUUUUCCACUGUCAUCGCACAGCCAAUGUCGGCCUUCACUGCGCACACACACACACACACACACUCACACACACAUGCACACUCAAACACACACUCACCUCCAGCAUGUCUGUAGAUACGCCACGCUGAGGGUCAUCCCGCCGUUUCUCUUCUGCAGUUUUGCUUGGAAUGAAACUUUUUCGAGGAAAACUGGUGAAAAGCUGAGUGUCGUUUUUAUCGGACUGAUGGCGUACGACGCGUGAUGGGAACCAUACCGAGAAAGCUUCUACGGCUUUUAUAAAAUGAGCUUGAUGUUUAUUAUUAUUAUUAUUAUUAUGAUAAUUAUUUAUUUAUUUUUUGUUUUGUUCUGGUUGGCAGUGUGUUGUUUUUGAGCCACGCUGUAAAAUAAUCCGAGCACAGAGUAAAGUAACGUAUGGAAGUGCAUGACUAACGCUUACGUGUUCAGUUAGUAUAGAUCAAACGGGGAAAAAGUGGUGGUGUACGUUUUAAUAAUGGUAUUAUUAUUAUUAUUAUUUACCUGUACAGUAAUUAAUAUACUCCAUGUUUCAGCUUAUAAAUACUCUUCAUAUUACCUUUAAAAGCGAAGUAUAAUUUUGUCUGUUUUGAUGAGUUCAUUAAUGUGCAUGGUGUUUUUACACACCGUUUUAUUGGAACAAAAAACAUCACUUAUUAUAAACUCCAACAGCAGCCAGGAACCCGGGGUGUGUUCAGUUUAACGUGCAAUAAACACACCAAACCACUAAUGAACAGCAACGCAACCACAACAUCAAAGAAACUCUUCAGGGUUAAAACAGUGUUUUCGGGUAAUUUUAAGCAACAUGAGUUUUGUAAAAAAACAAAAUAAAAAGAAACAACUAAGUGAGUAAUAACUUAAAGGAUAGGAAAAGGAUAAACCAAAGCUUCAAGAUGAAUAAAUGCAUAACACGCAGCGUAACUUCCUGAAAUAAUUCGACCAAUCGCAGUCGAAGCUGGUGACACUCUUGGUUUAGCGAGCUGGAUUAUGCUGGCAGUAGAUCACGGACGUUUACAGGUGUUAAAUAAGGGCUACAGUGCAGCUCCACACUUUCAGCUCAAUAUUAAUCAGUAGUUUUAGUGUUACAGUGUUUUAUUAUUCUGUAUUAUGAUGAUGAUCGUCUCGCCGUAUGUGCUUUAACUCGUCGGAAUGCAGCGCUGACGCUUUUCUGUGGAAGUUCUGUGUAGAAAGCAUGAAAACAGAAAAACAAACAGUAUACUUUCAGAAAAAGACGUACAAACAGCCAGAAUUCAGAUAUAUAAAGCUGUCCACACAGCUAGAACUAAACCCAGGGAUGGAUUUCUAUUCCUGGAUCUGAAUUUUCCACCUCUGGUGUAAACAGUAAACCCUCAGCAUGCCUUUACCUGCCUGUUCUGAGUGACCGUCAGCAGUGUGUGAAGUGAAGAUCGCAGAAUACAGAGUAACUCUAGAACCAAACCUGGACAAUCUACACAUAAGCCUGCUCAUACCAAUUAAAUAAAAUAAAUAAUGAUCAGAACAGCAUCAUUUUACAGAUAAUAGGACUAUUAGAAUUGGUUUAGCUCUGCUGUUUAGCCAAGUUAGCAUUAGCAUAAUGUUGCCCAAUAGAGUAAGCUGAUGGUCCAGCUCACCUACACUCCAGAUUUCACAUUUGAAUUAUUUUAAUUCAUCAUUAUUCAGUAUCCACUAUUAAUUAUUUUAUCAAAUACUAAGCACUGCCACUAACAGUCUGCAAUACACUAUGACUCUGAAUCCACUCUAAAUUAUUAAGAAGUUCCUUUUUUACGAUCGACUAUUAUUCCAUAUACACUAUGACUUCCAGUACAUUACAAGAGAAAUAGCUAGUGUUUUAGUUGUUUUGUAGCUUGUAGUUUUGCUGAUUGGUCUGUAGUUUGUUUAUAUUUGGUGUAUGUCUGAUUCUGGUUGGAGUGAUAUUUAAACAGUGAGCUUUUAUAGUUAAACUGUUUAGUUUAAUUCAUAGUGGAUGUGGCUAUUCUAUGUUGCAGACAGAAAUAGAAAAAAGUUUAAAGGAUCUAUAAGCAAAAUGUAAACAGCACAGACUGCCUGAACUUUAACACCCACACAUCUACAGCUGUUACUGCCACUGUUGGUAUACUACUUAACUUAAAUAAUUAAAUAAUUAAUUACACAGUAUUUUGUAGUGUACUGAAUUACAUUUACAUGUAGGGUCCAUUCUUUAUUAGCAAACUAAUUAAAUGAAAUUAAAUUAAAUCAAAAGACAUCAUAAACACAGUAACAGUGAAUAUUUCCUGUAACUAUCAGCACUGAGAGCGGUGAUGCUGAUGCAGUUCUGCUGGUAUAGAGUUAGUCUGUAUCCUGGUGUUCCUCCCCUGAAACAGUUUGGACACUCUUAUACAGGAGUCUGAUUCCUAUGGUUCUCUGUGGUUCUGCUUCACCAUGAGAACCCUGAGACAACCAAACAUCAUCUCUCUGUCUUUCAGAUGAUCUAACACACAGUCAGCUGGGCAGGUCCAGACUUUAGACCCGUUCUGAACAGGUUCUGUGCUGAUUCUGUAUUUUUGGUCUAGCCGCUCCCUCAUAGAAUCUCAGUUGUUCUGACUUUUUCUGUGUUUCUCGCCAUCCCUCAGUCAGGAUCAUCAGAUAUGUUCUAGAGUUCUAGAUAUGUCUUAGUUCUAGAUAUCCAUCCUGCACUCACUGCUGUUCAUCUGUGUGGAAUCACUGCAUAUUAAUUAUAAUUUGUAACAGUUAUAACAGGAUUAGUAAGAUCAAACAGGAUCAAUCCGAAGAAGCUCUGCAGCUGCAGACUUUUUGGGAAUUUAAAAUGGAUUAUACCAUUAGAUUUUUGUAACAGGAAAUCUAAUUACAAAACUAGGAAAUGGGGGGAAAUGGAUGAAAAUAAAUUUGAACCCAAUUUUCCCAGUUUUCUAAUGUAGCUUCAAAUGAUCAGAAAUGUGAACUGAUAAACGUUACACUGAUCUGUUAUUGACCAAUUAAUGUCAUGAUGCAUAGUUACAUAUCUGGAGAGAUUACAGUGUAGAGACAAUAAAGCGAUUCUCCACAUUAUUAUUCCUUCUUUUGAGUGUUUAAAGUUAAAAAUCGUGUAACCUCGGGCCCCAGGACAGCGUUCAGAUGUUAAAAUGUAAGACGUUGAAGCAUCAUUGUGAUAUUAAUGGUGAUUCAUGUUCCAAAAUUCAAUCAUGAAUAAGCUUUAGUACUAGUAGAGCCAUUAAUACAUAAUACACUGACAAUAUAAUAUACUGAUAAUACACAGUCCUUAUCUGUGCAUUUUAAAUGUGUGAUGCUUCAAAUUUAAUUGAACACAUGUUUGUAAUAUGGUGAUCGUGGAUGUUCCUUGUUUUAGAAUUUAAUUUAAUUUUAGUAGAAUUCAGUGCUUCUGCACAGAUGAGCUGUGGUGUCAUACUGUAGUGCUCAGUGAGUCUCAGGAGGAAGUGAUGUCAUUCUGUAGUCUGUGAUCAGUAUAAAGGCAGUAUUGAUUAUUUCUGUUUGGAUCCAUUCCAGCUUCCACCUAAAUUCAACUAGUGGCUAAUGCUAAUGCUAACUAAACCAUUCGAUGCUUCCUGUUGUCAGUAUAAUUAUCUGUAUAAUUCAGAUCAGAUAAGCGGUGAUGUGAGUUUGAGUCGCUGUAUUAUUAUACUGUUUAUAAAUAAGAUAAUGUUGUUUCACAGUUUGCUUAUUAUUCAUCUUAUUGUCUUAUUGUUAUUAUUAUAUACAAACUGCUCAAAACACCACAUUUUUUUUUCAGAAUUUGGGAUUUUUUUUAUUUUAAACAACUAUGAAUAACUGUUGUUUUAUGAAACUCUAUAAAUGACAAAAAUAUGUAUUAAUAUAAAUUAGACAUAUUAAAAUAAUGUCUAUGCUUACCAUGCUUACAGUGGUAAGCCUGGGCAUUAAUAAAAAAGCUCCUCACUCUGCUAAAUCUACCUCAUUAUUAUUAUUAUUAGUUUUAUUAUUAUUAUUUUUUUUUAUUAUUAAACUUUUAACUCUAUCACAGAAUUAUUAAAACUAUGAUUUACCUUAUUAUAACACCUCUACCCUACCCCCUAGCACCUACCCCUACCCUUUUACUCAAAUCAACAAAUAUAUAUGUCUUUUAAGAUUUUUAAUUUCCUGUUUAAAGUAAACAGUUCAAAUAUAAAUAUUACACAGUAAAAACCUAGUACAAUAUAAAAUUAUAUAAUAAUAAUAAUAUAAUUCAUUCAGAAUAAUGAUUCUUUAUCGUUAGGGAAAUGCAUUAUUACAUUAAAAAAAGCAAAAAUGAAUGAUUAAUUCAUUAAAUGGCAAGAGUUCUCAGUGAACUUUAAUAAUCCCAUUUUAUCUUUAAUAUAUUGCUGCCUGUUUAACACUAAAGCACACUUUUUAUAUCUGCUUUUUUAUUAAUUUAUGUCUAAUCUCACUGUUGCUGUUUCUGGCUUUCUCAUAAAUAGACUGGUUUCAAACUAUUAUUAUACUUUUAUUUAUUUUUUUGUGUCACAGUAAUUGAUUUAUAAUAUAACAUGUUUAAUCAUUAAUACGAGUGAUUACUAAAGGUGGAUGUUAUAUUUGUGGACUCUAUUAACUUCCAUAUUUCAUAACAGUAUUUAAAUCAAAACAUACAAGUAUAAUCUCACCUGGACAAAUGUCAUGGUUUUCCAUAAAGAGAGAAAAAUACUAAAUAAUAAAGUUUAGCUGCUACAGAGUGACAGAGCUGAGCUGAAAUAUUAACUAAUAUAAUAUGAUUUUUAUUUUUUACAGUUGACACGUUUUGAAUAAUUAUUUAACAUAUGUAUUUUUGCAACAUAUAGGAUGUAAGGUAGUGAUUUUUUUUUAUUUUUUGUCUUUAUAUUGAAAGGCUAUUCCAUGAGUGCAGAAUUAAAAAAAUAAAGCAUAAAUCGAAUUUUAAAUGAUUUAACAAACUAUCAAAAAUUGUAUUAAUUCAUGCAGUAGUUGGUUAUUUUAGAUGCAGUAAAGCAAAUGAACUGAAAUGAAUAAUGUAUAAGAAGAUGUAGUGUAAAUUUUCUUUUGUUCAAAAUAUUCAUAUUAAAGUUUAGAAAUUUUACAAACUAAUUUUAAACUAGAUUAUUGGUUGCAUAUUACAUAUUUUAAGGUACAGAAUUAAUUAAGAAUUCUAAUAAUCAGUUUUGUAACAUUUUAAACCUGUAUUUUCUUAAAAGAAACAUAUGCUAUUUAAUUAAUAUCUUAUUUGUGUAUAAAAUAGUAUAAUAAGCAUUCUCUUUACCCAGAUAAUAUUUAUUAAGUUUAAUAAAAAAAUAAAUUGAGUACUAAACAAAUAAAUUUACUAUUUAACACUGAAUAUAAAGCCAAAAUAAGAUAAUUUAAAAAAAUAAUAAAAUUAAGCUAGAUUAAUGAUAAAAUGUUGCUUGGUUGCACAAGGGAAACACAUAUUUAUAAUGAAUUUUUACAGAAAUUCCAUGACCUUCCACAGCCCAGGUGACGAGCUGGACUUGGAAUGACCCUUAUGAAGUAUGUUUUGUGUUGUUGCUGAAGUUAAGCUCUACACUGCCGUUUUCUUCAGGACAGUUCGGAUAUCUGAUGCAUGAAUAUCAGCAGAACUUUAUCUUCUCUAGUGGCUUCAUGGACCAGAACACCUGCCUGUGUACUGAUCUGCUUUACUCUAAAACCUUCACAUCGAUGUUGCAUGAAUCUGAUCACAGACAAAAUCAAGCACAACCGGUAAACGAUGCUGCAGGGACAAAAAAAACCCCACAAAAACAAACAAACAAAAAAAACCUAGAGCUCUGUGGACUAAUGCUUCCAUUACUCUUCCAGAAAAGCAGUGCGAUGAUGCUUUAAAAACGUCCAAUCAGAAGAAUAACAGGGAUACUAACUCUUGUCUAGUGAGUAAAAACAGUGGUGGAGAAUGCGGGAUUUCCAGGUCCAGAAAGUUACAAAUCCAUCCCAGGAAUUUAUUCUGACUUUCUGGAUGGAUCUUCUGCUGCAGUAGUUACUAAAUCCUGUGAUGGAGUUUUACUUUCCUGACCUGGACUCCCCAAAUCUGCCUAAAACAUUAGCUUAACCGCAGGCUAAUCUGCAAUAAUGUGAGUAGAGAGGUUGUGUUUCUUGUGUUCAGUCUGCAGACCCUCAUUACUGUUCAUAUUUUAUAAGAGUUUUUGCCUUAGUUCUAGUCGUAAAACAGAUUCUGACUGCAUGACCGUGUGACUCGCUAUGAUAAUCACUGCUUUUAUCUGCUUUUAUUUGAAAAUGCUUUGGAAAAAUGAUGACAUUUUUGAUUGUUUGUGUUGUGAGUGUGAACGAGGCUGAUUGUUAGUUGGGUAACAGGUGCUGUUUUAUAUGAUGUGUUGAUGUUUACUUGUUUAGUAAAUUUUAAAAUUGUUCCCACAAAUGAUGUAAUUAAUGUCAUCUUUGCACACAGUUACACUACUGUCCAAGAGUUUUUCCGAAUCACUUUUGUUGCUUUACUGUUCGUCAUUCUAUUAAUGGGUUGUUUUAAUGAUUAUUUUAUUGAAUAUUUUAAUUGUGUGUUCUUAUGAUAUUUCAUUUUUAAAUAAUUGCCAUGUUUGAAAUAUGAUGGAUUCUGAAUGUACAUUUUGUUAGAACUUCAUACUUGAUAUUAAUUUUAUUAGAACUCUGUAUCUUUUUAGAAUAUUUAGUAAUAGAAUAUUAAUAUUAUAUGGUAUUGUAUCAGAAUGACCAGAAUAUAAUAUAUACAGGGGUUGGACAAUGAAACUGAAACACCAGCCUGGUGGCCAAUCUUCAUUAACUGCACAUUGCACCAGUAAGAGCAGAGUGUGAGAGUAAGAACACAGUUUUGCUCAAAAUAUUGCAAUGCACACAACAUUAUGGGUGAUAUACCAGAGUUCAAAAGAGGACAAAUGUUUGGUGCACAUCUUGCUGGCGCAUCUGUGACCAAGACAGCAAGUCUUUGUGAUGUAUCAAGAGCCACGGUAUCCAGGGUAAUGUCAGCAUACCACCCACCAAGAAGGACGAACCACAUCCAAUAGGAUUAACUGUGGAUGCAAGAGGAAGCUGUCUGAAAGGGAUGUUUGGGUGCUAACCCGGAUUGUAUCCAAAACACAUAAAACCACGGCUGCCCAAAUCACACAGAAUUCAAUGUGAACCUCAACUCUCCUGUUUCCACCAGAACUGUCCGUCCGGACAAUAAAUUAUUGUGGUCUAAAACCAGGUGAUUCAGUUGCAUUGUCCAACCCCUGUGUGUAUUAAAUAUAUAUAAAAUAUUACAUUACACUGCAAAAGUUAAUUCAACACUUAAUGAGUUAAUGUUACACAGUGGUGGUUAAUGUAACCUAAAAAGAGUUAAAUCACUGUAACACUUUUGGAGCCAGUGUAACACUGGGAGUAAAUUUAACAGUGCAAGGAAUAAUGCAUCACAGUAUGAGAUAAUGUAACACUGGGAGUUAAUGUAAAACUGUAAGCGUUAAUGUACCACAGUAUGAGAUAAUAUAACACUGAAAGUUCAUGUGACACUGUGAGGGUUAAGGUAACACCCUCACAGUAAUUAAAAUAACACUGCAGGAGUUAAUAUAUCACUGCAGAGGCUAAUAUAACUCUUGAGGAAGCAAAAAGCAAUAGAAAGAUAUAGAUAGAUAAAUAGACUUUACUGAAUGUUUGAUUUGAUUGGUCUGGUGUUAAGUGGGUGUGGUUAUGGUCCCUUAGAUUUGUAGAUUACAGCCCUGGAGGGGUUAUACCGAGAGUUAGGCCUAACUGUAAAGCUGCUCAACUAACUUUUAUACAUUUCUAUCACACAUUUUAUUUCUUACAAUCACAUAGCAACUUGUUAAAACCAGAUGUCAUGUGUUAUAAGUAAAACACUGGGAUCUCCAGAACAAUUACAGCCUCUACUGACAGUAACACCCUGCUGACCCCCACAGCCCUGAGUCCGGGGGUCUCUGCUGUUGGUGUGAAAUGUUAAGUACCUCGCCGACACUGAAGCACUGUUGAUGUUUUUCUGAAUCUUACAGACUGAAGAGGGGUGUGUUUAUUCACUAGAGGUGGUAAAUCCAGGUCCAUGAAAAGUAAACCCACCCCAGGACUUUGUUUCGACUGUCUGUUGAAACAAACUCCAAGGGUGUUUUUUAUUUUCCUGGGCCCGCAUUCUCCACCACUGUAGUUCAGUAGUUAAUUGGUUGUGGUGCGGGUUUCAGCUGCUGCUCUGAUACUGAAGCUCUGCUCGUCUUGCCGUGGGUGAGAGCAGUGUAUCAUAUAUUUAUCUUUUGUUGGGGGUAUUUAUUAGCGUAAUCGCGUGACGCUUUAGUCGGGCAUGCUGCACGUUUUGUACCGAAGUGUGUGUGAUUUAUUCUCGAGUGCGCUUGUGAAUAAAAGCGUAAACAUGUUUUUUUCUUCUACUGCCGAACUUCUGAUAAACACAGUAAACAGUGUUUGAUCCUG